CUCUUUCUCUUCAUUCAAGAUCCAAGAUCAGUCUCUCUGUUUCACUUCCACUGACAAAUCACUCUCAAAAAUCCAAUCACCAUUGAUUUCUACCAGAAUCCACACUUACAUAAACUACAACUAGACGAUGGCGCAUCUCAAUUUGCCACCGUUCAAGCGAAACGGUCGGCAAUGGCGUCUCUUAGAUCUCAUUACAGUAGGUUUCUUCGCCGCACUCUUCUUCUUCUUCCUUCUCGUCUUCACUCCAUUAGGCAACUCCCUUGCAUCCUCCGGAAACCAAUCGCUUCUCCAUUCCUCACUCGAUCCGCGUCACCGUAACCGUAUCAUCGCACUAAUCGAAUCUGGACGCUUACAAUCAAUCGAUUCCUGCUCUUCCGAUGCCGUAGAUCACAUGCCUUGCGAAGAUCCGAAACGAAACAGUCAGCUUAGUAGAGAAAUGAACUUCUACAGAGAAAGACAUUGUCCACUUCCUGAGGAAACUCCUUUAUGUUUGAUUCCUCCGCCUAAUGGAUACCGAAUUCCUGUUCAGUGGCCUGAAAGUUUGCAUAAGAUAUGGCAUAGCAAUAUGCCGCAUAAUAAGAUAGCUGAUAGAAAAGGUCAUCAAGGAUGGAUGAAAGAAGAUGGUCCAUACUUUAUUUUUCCAGGUGGUGGCACAAUGUUUCCAGAUGGAGCUGAACAAUACAUAGAGAAGCUCAAACAGUAUAUUCCGAUAGCCGGUGGAGUUCUUAGGACAGCCCUCGAUAUGGGAUGUGGGGUAGCUAGUUUUGGUGGAUAUCUACUGUCUGAAGGUAUUCUACCCCUCUCAUUUGCUCCAAGAGAUUCACAUAAAUCUCAGAUACAAUUUGCACUUGAAAGAGGAAUACCAUCAUUCAUUGCCAUGCUUGGAACUCGGAGACUUCCAUUUCCCGCAUUCUCAUUUGAUUUGAUACAUUGCUCUCGAUGUUUGAUACCUUUUACAGCAUACAAUGCAACAUAUUUCUUGGAGGUUGAUCGUUUACUUAGACCUGGAGGGUACAUGGUUAUCUCUGGCCCCCCUGUAAAGUGGGCUAAGCAGGAGAAAGAAUGGGCUGAUCUACAGGAAGUGGCUAAAGCAAUGUGUUAUGAGUUGAUUGUUGUUGAUGGAAAUACAGUCAUUUGGAAAAAACCAAAUGGGAAUUUGUGUUUACCAAACGGAAAUGAAAUUUUUUAUUUAUGCGAUGCAACCGAUGAUCCAAGUUAUGCUUGGUAUACAAAAUUGAAGACAUGUGUGAGCAGAACAUCAUCUAUAGAAGGAGAGUAUGCAAUUGGAGAAAUUGAGAAUUGGCCUGAAAGGCUAAAUAAAGCUCCUGCAAGAACUUCCAUCAUUAAAAAUGGAGCUCAUGUGUUUGAUGCUGACACUAGACGUUGGGUAAGAAGAGUUGCUUACUAUAAGAAUUCUUUGAAUGUGAAACUCGGCACUCCUUCUAUAAGAAACGUGAUGGACAUGAACGCGUUUCUAGGAGGCUUUGCUGCUGCAAUAGCUUCCGAUCCUCUUUGGGUUAUGAAUGUCGUCCCUGCUCAUAAAUUACCCACACUUGAUGUGAUCUUUGAUAGAGGCCUCAUUGGACUUUACCAUGAUUGGUGUGAACCUUUCUCAACGUAUCCUCGGACGUAUGAUCUUAUCCAUGUUGAUUCCAUUGAAUCAUUAAUCAAAGAUCAAAUUUCCGGAAAGAACAGGUGCAACCUGAUAGAUCUAAUGGUGGAGAUUGAUCGAAUGUUACGACCGAAAGGGACAGUUAUAAUUCGCGAUUCGAUAGAAGUUCUCGACAGAGUUAGUCGGAUUGGUGGUGCGAUAAGAUGGUCUUCUACUAUUCACAAUAUGGAACUUGAAACAAAUGGAAAGGAAAGGAUACUUAUUGCUACAAAAGAUUUAUGGACUCUUCCUUAAUUUGACAUCCCCACUAAAUUAACAAAACUGCUACCAUUUCCAUUUUUUUUUCUUUUAUUUGUAAUAUAUAAGAUUGUAUUGUGUUUUUUUUGUACUAAUUUAUUACAUAUUUA